AGGGCUGCCGCAUUGGUUUAUACCCUAGUCAUAUCCAGGACUACGCUGCACCUGAGCCAACAGUUAACUCCAGCCACUUAGAGCAUGUACAAAGCCAAACGCAUACGCAGCACGGGUCUUACGCCAUCCAACGGCGUAUGGAACAUGCCGUAUCCUUGUGCCACAGUGGUCGAUUUUCACUGUUCCGGUACCUAGUUGGGAGAUACUACCUCAAAAACGCCAAACGAAGUCAAGACCUGCCCUUCGCUAUUUCCUGCCUUGUCUGGAGUUGAGCCAUCUUUGCAAUGUCGUCUGUUGGAGGAAAAAUAUAUACUAGUGAGGCUUCGCAUCACGCAGAAGAAACCUGCAAUGUUGUCAUUUUUGGAGAAACGGGCGCUGGUAAAAGCUCCUUGAUCAAUUUGGUCGUUGGGACGCAAAAGGCGCUGACAUCCUGCAACGCUGUGGGAUGUACGACUGAAACAAAUGUGUACGACGUUUUAAUUCAGAACGAGGCCUUGAACGUAAAGCUUUUCGAUACAGUCGGUCUCGGCGAAGGCUCUGAGGGAGAAGUCCCCGAUAAGGACGCUCGAAAAGUUCUGAAAACACUCCUUCGAGAUCUUAUGAAGCAAGAUGACAUCCAUCUCCUCAUGUACUGUGUGCGGGGUGUGAGAGCGACGAAGGCGCUCUAUCGCAACUACGAUUUAGUCCGCUCGGAAGUGAAGGAGAGAAUUCCAAUCGUUCUUGUCGUCACAAAUUUAGAAGACAAAGAACCAGAGAUGGAAGAAUGGUGGAAGCAUAACGAGCGAUCCCUCUCAGACUUCGGGAUGACCUUUGAUGGUCACGCAUGUGUUACCACAACGACUAUUGAUGAAUAUGCAGGGGAUGAGCUUAAGCGGCGUCACAAACAGUCAUACCAUGCCGUCUGUCAACUUAUCGAGCGGUGUCGCUCGAAAGGGGCUGCAAGUAAGAACAGGCGUAAAACCAUCGUACUCUUUGGGGAGACGGGAGCAGGUAAAAGCUCACUCGUCAACCUCAUGGCGGGAAAGGCGGUAGCACAUACAUCUCCUGACAUGCAACGUUGUACGUUGCAGUGGAAAGAGUAUACUAUCGACUUCGACGGUGGCUCGUAUAAGGUUUUCGAUACCAUCGGACUCGAGGAACCGCAGCUCGGAAUUAAAGAAUACCUCGAGUCUGUCGAAAACGCCUACACGCUCGUCAAGGAAUUGGAUCAACAAGGCGGGAUUGAUCUGCUUCUAUUCUGCGUUCGUGCCGGCAGGGUCACUGCUACGCUUCAAAGCAAUUAUCGGCUCUUUCACGAAUUUCUCUGCGAGAAAAAGGUUCCCAUUGUUCUUGCGAUCACGAACCUUGAAAGAGAGAAGAGGAUGGAGGACUGGUGGGAGAGGACACACAGCACCUUCGCAAAAUAUGAUAUCCAGGUCGCCGGACAUGCGUGCAUCACCGCCGCCAAUAGAUUGGACGGCAGACACAAAGAACUUUAUGAAGAAUCGCGCAUCACGAUCCGCAACCUUGUUAAGAAAUGUGUUGCCGACGGGCAGAAGCGGGCAUGGAUGGGAGGGGACAACUUGUUCGUGUCGUUGAUGCGCAAGCAGAAGGCGUUACUUACCGGGGGUUCACAUGUGAAAAGGAAGGAUCUUGUCCCUCGUCUCACGAAGCGUUGUGGCUUAUCUGCAGAUGUCGCAAAACACUUGGCUAAUAUGAUCAAGCAAAAUGUAGCUUGACCUCCCAUUGAAUUUAUACCACAUCCGAUUAUAGACAGGCUGUCGUUGUCGAUAAUACGGCUUACCCUUAUAAUUAUGGAUCGGUACACAUAUGAUAAUGUUUAUCUGCCUGUUAUUCGGGAUUUCCCCCAUUUCCCUUCAAAGACUCCGCCCUGCAGACUUU